AUGACGUCUCAUGAAGAAAGCACGGGACCGCCGGCUUAUGACUCUGACAAAGCCGCUCUCGAACGUGCUGGCAAGAAAGAGGUUUUAAAGCGGGAAUGGGGCUUCUUUGCCAUGUUGAUGUUCGGCUCUGCCACAUUAUCCACAUGGGAGGCCACGAGCGCCGUCUUCGUGAGCGCGUAUACCAACGGAGGUCCAGCAUCUGUUGUAUACGGUUUUAUCGUCGCCGUUAUUGGCACCUUGGCAAUCGGUGCCUCUUUUGCUGAAAUGGCAUCGAUCUCUCCUAUUGCCGGCGCGCAGUAUCACUGGACAGCCGAACAUUCUCCCCCGAAACUGCGUGCAGUUCUAAGCUGGGCUCAAGGGUGGAUUACUGUUCUUGCAUGGCAAGGUGCAAUAACAUCCGUCUGCUUCCUCUGUGCGUCAAUGACACAAGGGUUGAUCAUCUUCAACGACCCAACCUAUGUUCCCGAGAGAUGGCACACAACUCUGUUAAUGAUAGCACUUGGUGGACUCGCCGUAAUGGGAUGUACAGUUGGCAAGGCACUGCUGCCCCUCUGGGAAUCGUUGGCUGGAAGCUUGCAUGUCAUUUUGUUCUUCAUUAUCACAGUCGCCAUCCUAAUCACCAGCGAUAAGGCCGAUAACAGGGCAGUCUGGGCGACGUUUGUCAACGCCGGUGGCUGGCCAAGCGACGGGAUAAGCUUCUGUCUCGGCUUUCUCACUCCUGCCUUCGCCCUCGCCGGCAUCGACGCAAUUGUCCACAUGGCUGAAGAAACAAAGCAUGCCGCAAUCAACAUCCCCCGCGCAAUAAUCGGUUCUAUCAUCAUCAACGGUGUUUGUGGCUUCGCCUUCAUCGUCGCGAUACUUUACUCCAUUGUUGACGUAGAAGCCGUCCUCACUAACGGCAUCGCCACCGGCUACCCCAUCAUCGAAGUCUUCCACCAGGCCACUCGGAACUCGAGCGCAGCGGUCGCCAUGAUGUGCGGACCCAUCCUUAUCUUCUCCAUGGCGGUUUUCGGUUCUACUGCAAGUGCUGGCAGAUUAACAUGGGCUUUUGCCCGUGAUCGUGGUCUUCCAAUGUCUAGGUUCCUCUCCGUCGUCACCAAUUGGAACAAGGCACCCACACGUGCCCUUCUCUUCAACUACAUUGUCCUAUGCCUUCUAUCCCUCAUCAAUAUAGGCAGCACCGUCGCUUUGAACGCCAUGGUCUCCCUCGCGACGGUCGCCUUAUAUGCUUCGUACGGGCUUCCCAUCCUCCUCUUUGCACUGCGCCGUCACUCCAAAACCCGAUCUAUUUGCUUCGGACCAUGGCGCAUGCCCGAGUACCUAGGGAUCAUCUCUAAUUGGGUGGCAAUCGUAUUUUGCGCCUUCCUCGUGAUAUUCCUUCCAUUCCCGCCCAUGCUUCCAGUCACCGCCUUAAAUAUGAAUUGGGCGAGUGUGGUUUUUGUCGCAGUUAUGGGCUUCGCGAUUGUGAGUUGGUUUGUCAGAGGUAAGGGUCGGUUCGUUGGGCCUAUCAUUGAGGUUGGGAUACGCGAUGGAAGUGAUGGUGAGGUUGAUGAUGGUGAACAUGAGCAUGGGUCUGUGACCAAAUAUGAUUGA